ACGUGAACUUUGCUGUAAUUACCGUGUCAUCACGACUGAACACAAAAAAAAUAGAGGACAAAAUUGUAUUGCUGAAACUUUUCGUUCUUGGAAAAGUGCAUUAAUAUUAAUUCAAGAACACAAAAUGGAGCCUUUAGUAGUGAACCAGCCUGUUGUUAUUGACAAUGGCUCUGGGGUUAUAAAAGCUGGCUUUGCCGGAGAGCACAUUCCAAAGUGCCGGUUUCCAAAUUACAUUGGGCGGCCCAAACAUGUACGAGUAAUGGCUGGAGCUCUGGAGGGCGAUAUAUUUGUUGGCCCUAAAGCAGAGGAACAUCGCGGCCUGCUAAGCAUACGUUACCCAAUGGAGCAUGGUAUUGUGACUGAUUGGAAUGAUAUGGAACGUAUUUGGGGUUACAUCUAUAGUAAAGAACAAUUAUCAACGUUCACGGAGGAUCAUCCAGUUUUGCUAACGGAAGCACCGCUAAAUCCUAGAAAAAAUCGAGAAAAGGCAGCUGAAUAUUUUUUUGAAGGUAUAAAUGUACCCGCGCUUUUUGUAUCAAUGCAAGCCGUCCUCAGUCUCUAUGCUACAGGCCGCGUGACGGGAGUUGUGCUCGAUUCGGGGGAUGGCGUUACUCAUGCAGUUCCCAUUUACGAAGGUUUUGCAAUGCCUCACAGUAUUAUGCGUGUCGACAUUGCUGGACGAGAUGUAACACGUUAUUUAAAAACUCUGAUAAGAAAGGAAGGCUUUAAUUUCCGGUCAACGGCAGAAUUCGAAAUUGUUCGUUCCAUCAAAGAAAAGUUAUGUUAUUUAGCGACUAACCCGCAAAAGGAGGAAAGCGGAGAAACAGAAAAAUUUGCAUAUACCUUACCCGAUGGCAAAACGUUAGAGGUUGGGCAGGCAAGGUUUAGAGCACCAGAAGUUCUAUUUCGGCCUGAUCUGCUUGGUGAAGAAUGUGAAGGCAUUCAUGAUGUACUUAUGUAUGCCAUCGAAAAGUCGGAUAUGGAUCUCAGAAAAAUGUUGUACCAAAAUAUUGUAUUAUCUGGUGGGUCAACUCUAUUUAAAGGAUUUGGCGACCGUCUGCUAUCGGAAUUAAGAAAACACUCAGCAAAGGAUCUAAAAAUUAGAAUUGCUGCACCACAAGAACGUUUAUAUUCUACGUGGAUGGGAGGUUCUAUUUUGGCUUCGCUAGAUACGUUUAAGAAAAUGUGGAUUUCAAAACGAGAGUAUGAGGAGGAAGGACAACGAGCCGUACAUAGAAAGACGUUUUAAAUAGCGAGCUAUAUACUGAGUGUAUUCAUUACUAUAAGCUAAUGCUUUGGAUUAAGUGCUGAACUGAAUGCAAACUAUUGUAUUCAAAGUUAAGAACAAAAGCAAAAAAUAUAAACCUGUACUGUGAAAUUUAAAUUUAUUAAUAUAAUUUAAAAAUAAUUAAAACUAUUAUUAAUUUAUUAGCAUCGCUUGAUUGUAUUAUAACUAAAAGUAUAACAACAUGAAUCCAGAGCGUAGGCAUUACAGUUUUUAUUGAGUGCCCCCACGAAAUAAAAUAUGUAAAUGUUGUAAAAGACUUAAAUAAUAGGAAUACUCGUCUAAAAGGAUUUAAUUAAAUUGCUUAUUCAGUAAAUCGA